CCGAAACGGCGUCGUAGGGUUGACCACUCCCCUUAGAUACCCUGCUUUAAUAAUAAAGUGCAAGACAUACCAAAUCAACGCUUUUCUUCCUCUCCUUCUUGUAGCUGUGUGUUCAUCAUCGAUAAAGGGAUUCAAGAAUCAAAACUUAGGACAACAACCAAUUUGAGGUAUUCUUUUAUACUCUGAUCGGCAUAGUUGGCAAAGGACUGUUGCAGGCGAGAACGAUCACAUUUUUAGCACACGGCCUCUUCCUUUUCCUUUUCCUUUUCCUUUUCUUCCUCAUUCAUCUGCAAAGAUGAGCGAUCAAAUAGCGAAAGGGGAAGAUUUCGAGAGGAAAGCGGAGAAGAAGCUCAAUAGCUGGGGCAUCUUCGGUUCCAAACACGAAGACGCCGCUGAAUUGUUCGAGAAAGCUGGCAAUUGCUUCAAACUCGCCAAAUCAUGGGACCAAGCAGGAGCGGUUUAUAUCAAGUUAGCCAACUGCCAUCUAAAGUUGGAUAGCAAACAUGAAGCUGCUAAUGCAUAUGCCGAUGCUGCUCAUUGCUAUAAGAAGACAAAUAUUAAAGCUCGCUUUGCAGAGUCCAUAAAUUGCCUAGAGCAAGCUGUAAAUCAGUUUCUCGAAAUUGGAAGGCUUAAUAUGUCUGCAAGAUAUUACAAGGAAAUUGCUGAAUUAUAUGAGGCUGAACAAAACUUUGAGCAGGCUAUUGUUUAUUUUGAGAAGGCAGCUGAUCUUUUCCAAAGUGAGGAUGUAACAACUUCUGCAAAUCAGUGUAAGCAGAAAAUUGCUCAGUUCGCUGCUCAACUGGAACAAUACCAGAAAUCAAUCGAUAUUUAUGAAGAGAUAGCACGACAAUCGCUGAGCAAUCACUUGCUGAAGUAUGGAGUUAAAGGACAUCUUCUUAAUGCUGGCAUUUGCCAACUCUGCAAAGGCGAUGAAGUUGCAAUUAGCAAUGCAUUAGACCGAUUUCAGGAACUGGAUCCAACGUUUUCAGGGACGCGCGAGUACAAACUGCUGGCGGAUUUGGCUGCUGCAAUUGAUGACGAGGAUGUUGCAAAGUUUACUGAUGCUGUGAAGGAAUAUGAUAGCAUGACCCAGCUGGAUGCUUGGAAGACAAGCCUUUUGUUGAGAGUGAAGGAAUCACUGAAGGCUAAAGAACUAGAAGAGGAUGAUCUUACUUGAUUCUUUUCUUCUUCGAGUGUUUUGCCAUUUGGAUUUCAAAUUGUUGAUUUCAUUGUACUGGGUGAUUGUGUCUCUUCAAGCUUAUUUACACUGUUUUUGUGUGUGUUGCUAAUCAAAGUGCAUUUGCUUGCUUUUAUAAGCAUGAGUUUGUAAUACAAUUAUGGCUUUGUUUUGCUA